CAUAAGUAAGGAGUGAUUGAGCGAACGCUAUCCAGAACAAGAGUUCUUUAAGUUUUCUAAGAAGAAAACAAACGAAUAACGAAAAUGAAAACGAUUUACGUAAUAAGUGUAAUUGCCUUGCUCGCAGUUGUGCCAACGGCGCAUGGACAUUUGGAUGAACUUCUUUUUGGUAUCGGCAAUACAGUGAGAGGUAUCCAACAGAAAUUCGGUUUCGGACUCUCUCUGGGUUUCGGACACCCUAAUAAUGGAUACAACAAUGGAUACAAUAAUGGAUACACUGAUCUAUACCGGCUGCAGCAGGAAAAUGAAUAUUUAAGACGACAAUAUGAAGCUAUGGUACACAGAGAUCGUAGACCUGAUGCUGAGCAGAUACACGUGCAUAACAACAACUAUAUGGUGAUGAAACCAGCCUAUUAUGACCCCGACAGAACGGCUGCCGGCAUAGAUCUACGAAAUUUGUGAAGUGGCAUAACAUGAAC